GUGCGGUACGUCAAGAGCACGUUGUGCCGGCACGUGGUGUUAUCUGGGAUGGGGCUUUGCGCUUCUAUUAAGGUCUAUGAUCUUCGUUGCCAGUAGGCCUUCUUCGCAGCACGAAGUUUACAAAAGCUACAGUGUGUGGCGCUGUUUCAGCCGUUUGCAGCUCUUUGUGCCUCCUGCUAUUUAAAAAAAUUCCUAAGCAUUUGUUAUUUAUUGUUCACAUAAACUGAAGAAUAUGAUUGAAAAACGAAUUUUUAUUAAUAUUAAAAUUUACACGUAAAAACUAAGUUAUAAACCCGUUUAUAAAAAAAUUUUAAAUUUGACGUAAUUAUUUUCCCCAUCUUGGACUAGUAAUCGAUUCUCGAUUCUCGAAAGCUGUUCUUCCCACCCAACUUACUUACAGUUCAUAACCUCUUACAUUUAGCCACAAAAGCCGAAAAUAAGAGAGCCGCAAAUAAUUAUUGGUUGAUAAAUAGAAGAAUCUAAAAUUAAAUUAGAUCAUAAUGACGAGUGCUAGUAGCGUAACUACAAAUCCCUCCACGUUACUACCUCUCGAACUGGUAGAUAAAUGUAUUGGAUCGAGAAUACACAUCAUUAUGAAAAAUGACAAAGAAAUUGUUGGAACACUGAAAGGUUUUGAUGAUUUUGUUAAUAUGCUGUUAGAUGAUGUGACAGAAAGCGAAGCUACUCCAGAAGGAAGAAGAGUCACAAAAUUGGAUCAGAUUCUCUUGAAUGGAAACAAUAUCACAAUGCUUGUACCUGGUGGAGAUAUGCCGGACACGUAAAAACUUCAUGGGAUCAUCAUAAACUAUUUUUAUACUUAUUAAUAUUAAAAAUAAUACAUUUAAGAAUUAAAUAAAAUUUGCUCUAAGGUCUAUAA